AUGUCAAUUAUAGAUAUAGCUGCACAAAUUGUUAAAAACGAAUCAUCUGAAUCAUCUGACGAUAACGCACGUACAAUCAUCUUGGCCGGUAGUAAAUCGGUGGGGAAAUCCCAUUUAUUAUAUAGCUUUCUUGAAAAAAGUGAUACUCCCAGAGAAACAUUAGUACUGGAGUACUCAUUUGGUAGAAAAUCCUCUCAAAAGCAAAGUAUAGAUAAAAUUAUAUGUCACGUAUGGGAAUACGGCGGAAGAUUGGAAAUGCUAAAAAGUGUAUUAACAUCUAUACCUUUAAGUAAAAAAUUCUAUUAUUGUGUUAUGGUCGAUUUAAGCAAAAUUAAAACAAUUUGGGAUACGUUGGAAACCAGCCUACAAGCUGUUAAAGAAAAUUAUACAGACACAUCAAAUUUUCCCGAAAUUAUUAUAAUUGGAGGAAAAUAUGAUAUUUUUAAAAACUAUGAUAGCGAAAUAAAGAAAUUUAUAUGUACAACAAUCAGAAGUGUUGCAUUGAUUUUUAAUACGUAUUUGUUAUUUUAUUCAUACAAAGAAUCUCAUCUGUUAAGAAAGGCCAAAGAAAUGUUUUAUACGAUUGGAUUUGGUACUGGUGUACCUCUCAAAGAAAAGAAUACAAACUAUGCAAAACCUUUGAUAAUACCUAAAGGAUCAGAUUCCUGGGACAGUAUCGGUGUAUCAGCUUCUACUUUAGAACAAGUGAAAUUACGCCAUCAGUCUCGUAUUGCUCCUGAGAAUGAAAUAAAACUGGAAGUGAAACCUUUACAACGCACCCACCCUGAACCUAUUUUGGACUCAUUAGUUGCCCUUAAGUACGAAGAAUUGAGAAGUAUGGAAACUUAUGACCCUUCAAUCGAUGAGCACUUAAUUUUAUUACAAUAAUAACACUA